AUGUUUUCAAAACCUAAGCCUUCGAGUUCAAAAGGAGAGAAAAGAAAACACUUUCGGCAUGGAAUUCAAAGACUUGAUGUAACUGGAGAAACCCUUUCAGCAAACCAAAACUCUGCAGAAAAAUACAAAUACGAGUUUGAGAAAAUCGUGGCUGAUAAUGAUUUAACACCUAAACAGAUUUACAAUGCUGAUGAAACAGGGCUAUUGUGGCGAUGUUUACCAACAUCUACACUAGCUGGGGGAGGAGAAAAAGCAGCCAAGGGUUUAAAAAAAAACAAAGACAGAUUAACCGUUUUGCUAUGUGCUAAUGCGUCUGGAAACCACCGAGUGACCCCUUUUGUGAUAGGUAAAUCUGCAAAACCCAGUGCUUUUAAGAAUGUUACACACUUGCCUAACCAAUACGAUGCUCAAUCAAAUGCGUGGAUAACUGCCGCCCUCUUUAAAGACUGCUUUUUUCGCUACUUUGUGCCUGAGGUCAAGGAAUCCUUCAAAAGCCUUGGUCUACCAGAACAUACUAAAGCCAUCCUUCUUUUGGACAAUUGCAAAUCCCAUCCGCCAGUAGAUGAGUUAGUUUCUGGAAAUAUUGUUGCUACUCUGCUCCCACCUAACGUAACAUCUUUGAUUCAACCCAUGGACCAAGGGGUUAUUCAAAAUUUUAAAUGCUUUUAUAGAUGGUCUUUUAUUCGAGGCCUGUUAAAUGCCGACUGUGACGUGACUGAUUUUCAAAAAAAGUUUACAGUAAAAGAUGCCGUCUAUGCUAUUGCACAGUCUUGGAACCAGGUAAAAAAUACAACACUCCAAAAAUGCUGGAGAAAACUUUGGCCAGCUGCAGACGCUCUGACCAAAGUUUUGAAUGUCGUUAGAAGUACUGAUAAUCCCUUGAAAAACCUGCCUGAAGAUGAGGUAGAGGAGUGGCUUUUAAUCGACGAGAAUGAGCCUGUUGAACAAGAACUAACCGAUGAGGACAUUAUGAACAUAGUAGUAAACCCUCAGUUUACUCAAAAUUUUGAAGAAAAUGACUCAGAUGCCGAAACGGAAGAAAAGGAAAAAAUCAGCUGGGCAGAAGCUGCAGAAUCACUAAAUAAAUUUAUCUCUUUUGCUGAGGCUAGUACUGGCUACAGUGCUUUAGAAAUUAUUGAUUUCCAUAUCAUUAGAAAUAAAUUUUAUACUAAACACCAAAAGUCAAGAAAACAAAAAGACAUUCGUGACUUUUUUAAAUCUAAGUGA